UUGCCAUUUGUCAACGUCACCGUCAGAUGGUCGGGGAGUUGAAGAUGAAAUGCAAGUAAUCGAAAGUGCAGAUAAUAAAUUCAUUUAAUUUAAAUAAUAUUAUUUAUUUUUCGCGGACCAUCUCCUUGAAUUAGUAGAUAUUAAAUAAAUAAUGGACUGUCUAGAUUCUGAAAGUAAUGGUGAAGGUAAACACCUUAACAACGUCGAGGAAAAUUUUACCAAAGAAGAUAGGGAUCGAGAAGAAACUGAAAAUUUCGAAAAAAAUGAUGAUGAUAGGCUAACUAAACCAUCAGAGUCGAAAAUUCCCAAAACGGAUUUGCCGGAAAGUGAUAAUGACUCUAGUAGUAAAAUUGUGGAUGACAAAGAACAGGAUCCUAUUGAAAUAAAAGUUAUUUAUAACAAAAAGAAGUAUGAUGUGACAACUACUUCAAAUACUACAAUUUUAGAAUUAAAAAAACAAUUACAAAGUUUACUAGGUGUCCCCGACUCAAUGCAGAAGCUUAUGUUCAAAGGCCUUCUGCAAGAUAGUCAAACAAUAUCUAGUUCUGGAAUUACAAAAGGCUCAAAAGUUAUGUUAGUAGGGUCCACUUUAAAUGAUGUUCUUGCUGUGUCAUCCGUAAGCAAACAGGACAUCGUCGAGGCGGACAAAGCGACAACGUCCAAGGAACCUCUGUGCAAACAAAAAAUACAUCGGAAAGUUUUAGAUAAAGGAUUACCAGAAGACAUUAUGCCCGGAAUAAAAAAUAUUAAGGAAGGAUUGCCGCCGAUGCCGUUAUCCGGAAUGUUGAACAAGCAUGGUGGUAAAGUUAGAUUAACAUUUAAAUUGGAAAGCGACCAGUUGUGGUUGAGCACUAAAGAACGAACUGAAAAAUUGCCUAUGGGAUCAAUUAAAGGUGUGGUAUCUGAACCGAUCGAUGACCAUGAAGAGUACCAUAUAUUGGGGAUACAAUUAGGGCCUACCGAAGCAUCACGUUAUUGGAUUUAUUGGGUGCCCGCUCAAUAUGUAGACGCCAUCAAGGAUGCAGUGCUGGGAAAAUGGCAGUACUUUUGAUUCGAUACAGAAAUAAUUUAUAAAUGAAGUAUGAAAUUUCACCGAUCAUAUUGCAUUUGACGCCAAAAAACUGCAACGUGACCGUCAUCAAUAAAAAAAA